UUUGAGCUUUUUUUUUCUUGUUGAGAUUUUGACCUCUGACGAUGUGGACUUAAACAGUGAUCGGAUUUUAGUUUUUUUUUUUUUCAAGGUGUCAUCUGAUCAACCCUUCUUAAAAAGGGUUAUAAUUGUGUCUUAUCUGGAGAUUUGAGAUUUUCAUGUUCUAAUUUUUGAAUGUUUGAGAAAUUGAUUCCUAAUUAUUGUGUCUAAUCCUUAGUGGACAAAGUCAUCCAAUACAUAUGCUGGUAAGAAGUAGUACGUACCUGGUCAUGAUAAUUAAAUUGUUCUUAUGACUUUCUACCUCAAAAAGCAGAACAUUAUGGGUUCGGGAUUGUAAUCCUUUUAAGUUACUGGGUUCUAAAUUAAUAAUUUGUACAUAUUCAGUGGAUUUUUUUAAGUCUAAUACAGGGUUUAGCAAAAGCUACUAAGUUCGGCCGAACCUGCAUCCCACACUCUGGCUCCGCUCCUAUCGGAAAGGGGCUAUAUAUGUUGUGGCUAUCCAAAGAAGGCGAUACGUCUAUUUUGUUAAUGUUAUGAUCACAUCCACCGUGCCAUGUUCGAACGCGAAUAUGGUUGGUAAAUGCAGAUCGACAGUAUUACUGUUCCAUAAAAUGGAGAGUAUUACCAAUGUCAUGGAGUAUGAGACCAUUGCAAAGGAGAAACUGCCAAAAAUGAUUUACGAUUACUAUGCCUCUGGUGCAGAGGACCAAUGGACGCUCCAAGAGAAUCGAAAUGCUUUUUCUAGGAUUUUGUUUAGACCCCGCAUUCUUGUAGAUGUAAGAAGCAUUGAUACAACGACAAGUGUCUUGGGAUUCAAGGUUUCAAUGCCGAUCAUGGUUGCACCGACUGCAAUGCAGAAAAUGGCUCAUUCUGAAGGAGAAUAUGCAACAGCCCGAGCAACAUCAGCUGCUGGCACCAUCAUGACAUUAUCCUCAUGGGCUACUUCCAGUGUAGAAGAGGUUGCUUCAACGGGACCAGGCAUUCGCUUUUUCCAGCUCUAUGUGUAUAAAGACAGAAAUGUUGUUCGGCAACUUGUGAAAAGAGCAGAACGGGCUGGUUUUAAGGCAAUUGCCCUUACAGUGGAUACACCAAGACUUGGUCGAAGGGAAGCUGAUAUCAAGAAUAGGUUUGUUUUGCCACCUCAUCUGACAUUGAAGAAUUUUGAAGGACUGGAUCUUGGAAAGAUGGAUAAGACAUAUGACUCUGGACUUGCUUCAUAUGUUGCCGGCCAAGUUGAUCAGUCUCUUAGCUGGAAGGAUGUGAAGUGGCUUCAGACAAUAACCCACCUGCCAAUCCUACUGAAGGGUGUAUUAACUGCAGAAGAUGCAAGGCUAGCUGUAGAAUCUGGAGCUGCUGGAAUUAUUGUGUCUAAUCAUGGGGCUCGACAACUUGAUUAUGCUCCUGCAACAGUUAUGGCCUUAGAAGAGGUUGUCAAAGCAGUGCAGGGAAGAAUUCCUGUUUUCCUUGAUGGUGGAAUUCGCCGAGGGACAGAUGUCUUUAAAGCAUUGGCUCUCGGAGCAUCUGGUGUAUUUAUUGGAAGACCAGUUGUGUUUUCAUUGGCUGUUGAUGGGGAGGCUGGCGUUAGAAAAGUACUUCAGAUGCUUCAAGAUGAAUUUGAACUGACAAUGGCGUUAAGUGGCUGUCGCUCAAUCAAGGAAAUCACUCGUAGUCAUAUCACGGCUCCUUGGGACUCCCCUCGUAUCACACCCCGGUUGUAAGCUUAAAUCUCAACUUCUUGUGUGCAACUCCACACUUAAUUCAAAAAUAUCGUUGCCUCCUAUGAGAAAAACCACCAUCAGUUCAUCUAUUAUCACAAUGGGAAGAAAAAGAUACAUCAAACUAAAGACUGCAUGUAGCGUUUUCUAAAUUAAAUAUAUUGCAUUUUUGCAACUGGGAAUUGCAUUAGAAACAGAUAUCUGGUUCUGACUAUAGCAGCAAGUGAAGUCAUUAGGCAGUUCUUUGAAUCUUGAAAUGCAGUCCAACAGGUGUAAGGUGAAGUUCUUGGGAAAGAUGUAUCAGGCAAAAUGCAGCCUUUAAACUCUUUUUGCCGUUA